CCCCUCCCUCCAGCGUCCGGCUACAGCUCGUCUUGCGUCGCCGCUUUCAAACGGCUUAGCUGGCGAUUGAUGCCCUCUCUCCUCCCCGCUCCACCGCCGCCGUUCCCCUUCUUCCCACAUCCGCCGCUAUAAACCCCAUCCCAUGGCCCUACCCGUCUAUUUGCGACAAUAAUAAUUCCCUAAUCCUAUUUCCACACGGAAGAAAGGAACGGCAAAAAAAAAAAAAAAAAAACCCGAGUACCGAAACAGCGUUUCUUUCCUUCUUUCUUUUAAAAUUAAAUCCCCCCCUCCCCCAGUCGCACCGUCCCUCUCUUUUCUUGGUCAGUUCCGAACUCUUCCCCCCUUUUCUUGAUCGGCGAUCCUUCCGAAGGUUGCUCUCCUCCGCCCGGCGGAUCGCCGCCGGAGCUGAUCGAUUCCCUCUCCGGUGUUCGGUCGGUCUGGUGUUCUCCGAAUCUGGGCCCCUAGGUUUUUGAAUUCUCCGCGUUUUCUCUUCUUUGGAUCGAGACCAAGAAAUGUUUGGUUUGUCUUGAUCGAGGGUUCUGCUGCUUUUUUCGCGGAUAUUUGGGCAUUUUGUUUGUGUGGAUAGCUGAGACUGAGUUUUUCUUUGGCCGGCGGAUCGGCCGGAACCGAUCGAGUCCUCGCUGGAGGUUUGCCUGCGGCCGAUCGGGACUCUGGAGUGGUCGCCGGAUUGCGGGAGGACUUGUUCGUUCUGGAGCCGUCCGUGUGAAUAUGGGUUUAUCCGAAGAUUAGAAUUUAAAGGUUCUUUGAAUUCUCCGCCUUCUUUUUGUUUCGUCUGCGUCCAGUCCAAGAACGGUUGGAAUUGCGUUGAUCGAGGGAUCGAAUUAAACUUUGGUGGUUGGCUCGGGUUGGGGUGGCCCGAUCUCUAUCUCUGCUUGUGUGGUGUUUGGGAUUAUGAGGUAGAAAUCUGUUGCAGGUUUCCGGGGGUAGAGGGCUGGAGAGAGGAACAAUGUCAAAGGUGGUCUAUGAGGGAUGGAUGGUCCGGCAUGGGCGGAGGAAGAUCGGCCGCUCGUUCAUCCACAUGCGCUACUUUGUCCUCGAGACCAGAGUUCUCGCCUACUACAAGAGGAAACCUCAGGACAAUAUGGUUCCGAUCAAGACUCUUCUUAUAGAUGGAAAUUGCAGAGUGGAGGAUAGGGGGCUCAAAAUGCAUCAUGGACAUAUGGUUUAUGUAUUGUGUGUUUACAACAAAAAGGAGAAGCAUCAUCGAAUAACGAUGGCAGCAUUCAACAUCCAGGAGGCUCUGAUUUGGAGGGAAAAGAUUGAGCUAGUCAUUGAUCAACAACAAGAUCUAAAGACCGCUAACAGCAAUAAAGUCUGUGCUCCAUUUCAAUAUAAAUCCAGCAUGGAUAAUGGAAGGAAUGCCUCCUCCUCUGAUCAGGAAAGUCAGUGUAGCCCCGAAGAAGAAGAGGAGAACCAUCCCGCAUUAUUACGAAGAACGACAAUUGGAAAUGGUCCUCCUGAAUCAGUACCUGACUGGACUCAAGAGCUUGAUUCAGGGUUGUCAAAUCAGAAUAACUCUGAUCAAGUUUUCUCCAGAAAACAUUGGCGUCUCGUCCGAUGCCAGAAUGGGCUUCGCAUUUUUGAAGAGCUUCUAGAAGUAGAUUACCUCCCAAGGAGCUGCAGUAGAGCAAUGAAGGCUGUUGGUGUGGUGGAGGCCACAUGCGAAGCAAUCUUUGAGCUUGUAAUGAGCAUGGAUGGAACACGUUUUGAGUGGGAUUGCAGCUUUCAAUAUGGCAGCUUAGUUGAGGAGGUGGAUGGACACACUGCAAUACUGUAUCAUAGACUACAGCCGAGCUGGUUCCCAAUGUUUGUGUGGCCCCGGGAUCUUUGUUAUGUGCGUUAUUGGCGGCGUAAUGAUGAUGGAAGUUAUGUUGUUUUAUUUCGGUCCAGGGAGCAUCCUAACUGUGGUCCACAACCAGGAUUCGUGAGAGCCCACAUUGAGAGUGGUGGAUUCAACAUUUCUCCCCUAAAGUCUCGAAAUGGGAGACCUCGAACUCAGGUACAGCAUCUUAUGCAGAUUGAUCUGAAGGGAUGGGGUGUUGGUUAUUUCCCACCAUUUCAGCAACAUUGUUUGCUUCAGAUGUUGAACAACGUUGCUGGGCUGCGUGAAUGGUUUUCUCAGACAGAUGAAAGCCACACGGUUCCAAGGAUGUCAGUAAUGGUCAAUAUGACUUCGAAUUCUGCUUCUUCUAGAAAGGAACAGAAAACACAGGAGAAUUCCAUUCAGCCUAAUCUGUCACUGGAUCAGAUGCAUUCUAAUAGCAGACACUCUGUUAUGUUGGAUGAAGACUCUGAUGAGGAUGAGGAUUAUCAAAUUCCAGAGCCUGAACAGGAGGCAUAUGCAGUCAAACUUGAAAACGCUAUCAGACAUGCAGAUGAGGAGCCUUCUGAUCAAAUUGAUUUGUCUGGCUUUUCUGGCAAUUUGCGCCGGGAUGACCAGGAGAAAAGUCGUGAUUGCUGGAGAAUAUCUGAUGGGAAUAACUUCAGAGUUCGUAGUAACCAUUUUAUAUAUGACAAAACCAAGAUUCCUGCUGGAAAGCAUCUUAUGGAGCUUGUAGCAGUUGAUUGGUUUAAGGAUGUGAAACGAAUGGACCAUGUGGCAACGCGAAAAGGCUGUGCAGUCCAAGUUGCAUCAGAGAAAGGACUAUUCUCAUUGGCAAUAAAUGUGCAAGUUCCAGGCUCAACUCAUUACAGUAUGGUCUUUUAUUUUGUAACAAAACAGCUGGUACCUGGAUCACUAUUGCAGCGUUUUGUUGAUGGUGACGAUGAGUUCCGUAAUAGUAGGUUCAAGCUUAUUCCUUCUGUUCCUAAGGGCUCUUGGAUUGUACGCCAGAGUGUUGGAAGCACCCCUUGUAUAUUAGGCAAAGCAGUUGAUUGCACCUACAUUCGUGGACCCAAAUACUUGGAAAUAGAUGUUGAUAUUGGUUCUUCUACAGUGGCUAAUGGAGUUUUAGGGCUUGUGUGUGGUGUGAUUACAACACUGGUAGUUGAUAUGGCAUUUCUUGUACAGGGAAACACUUUUGACGAGCUUCCAGAACGGCUUAUUGGUGCUGUUCGCGUGUCACAUGUCGAGCUGUCAUCUGCAGUAGUGCCAGUGCUGGAGUCUGGCCCUUCAGCAGAAUGAAACCGUCGACAAAUAUUCAACUUCUGUUAUCUUCCCCCCUCCCUCUUUCCAUCAUUGUCAUCAGCAAGGAAUGUGCCCCAUGUGAUUUUGCAGACAUUGCAGAGUGCGGCACGACCCCUAAAUGAUUGAUUCCCAUACUGCAGCAUUCCCGUGAUGCCGGUCCUUCCCCACUUGUACAACUAGAGAGAGAGAGAGAGAGAGAGAGAGAGGGAGGGUCAAUAAUUUGCUUUCAGUGGGGGAGGUGAUGAGGAAUGCAUGUUGUAUCAACUAUGGCUUUGUUGUAUUUGCUAAUACGCUCAACACUUGGUAAUCUCUAGGUCCAAAAUUGCAGUGUUGAACAUGUAUGCAGAAAAUAACAUUUUCUUUCACAUUUUGUGACAGAUAUGACUUGACAACUCAAUGGAGUCUGUAUUCACAAUUCUUUCUUGCAAAAACAUUGAUGAGCAAAAGCAUUGCUGCCG